AUGUCCUCCACCGUGACCACUUCUCCCGACGGCACGAAACAAUUCUACGCAACAUCCUCCCCCUACGAAGACAUCAUCGGCUACUACCGCGCCGUCCGCCACGGCAACCAGAUCUUCGUCGCCGGAACUACAGCCCAGACCAUCGUCGCUUUGACGGAGAGUGUCAAAGCGGUUAAAGAGCUUGGGGGCGCGGGAGCGAGCAGCAUUGUGCGUGUCAAGAUGUUCGUUGGGCGCUCGGAGGAUUGCAUGGCUGUUGGCGAGGGAUUCCGGGAGGUGCUGGGGAAGCAGCAGGGUAAUGGGGUUGGGGCUGUGGCGACGAUGAUUGUUGUGCAGAAUGGGUUUGUGAAUGGGGAUAUGAUGGUUGAGGUGGAGGUUGAUGCGAUUGUAGAUAGUUGA